CUAUAUAGAGGAGAUAGGUUAGAAGAUCGUGGUUACAGGAGCAACCAAAGCGCCUUCAAGUUCAAAUUCCAAAUUUAAUCAAUAUGGUUGGAGGGUGUAUGGACCUUGAUUUGGCGCUUCGUGUGAAUGGGCCUCAACAUCCCACAGAAUCAAGUAACACUGGUGAGAAAGCAUCAUAUGAGAGGUGGGAGCGAUCUAAUCGCUUGAGUUUGAUGCUUAGUAAGUCUCAUGUAAAUAAAAGUAUUAGAGGCUCCAUUCCUGAUUGCGAGAAAGUCGCAGAUUUCAUGAAAACUAUUGAGGAACAGUUUGUGAAAUCUGAUAAGGCUUUGGCAAGCACCCGAAUUAAAAGACUCUCAGGCAUGAAGUAUGGUUAUGUAAAAGGUGUAUCAGAGCAUAUAAUGGAAAUGCAGGGCAUUGCUGCUCAAUUGAAGUCACUUGAGAUUGAAAUUUCCGAGUCAUUCUUAGUGCAUUAA